ACAAAAUACUAACUGAAUUGAUACUGUCAGAGCAAAGUUUUUGAGUUACAGAGUAAAGAAAAUAAUAAAACCUUUUCUUGACGAUGGAUGAUGAACUAGAUUUCGAUUCUGCUGCAAAACCAUCAAGGGAUGUUAAACGAGGUCGUAGAGCAGGUGUUUCGAAUCCAAGGAGCCCUCCUGAUGCCCCUGCCUUUGAAAGCCCAGCAGAUUCUCCAAAACCAACACGUUCUCAACCAAGAAAUGAAGAUGAGGGUGGACCUCCACCAAAGCCGAAUAGAGUUUCUGGAUGGGGAGAGGAGAAUCCCAGAAAAAGUCGGAAACUCGGAGAAGGAUUUGACUUUGACGAUGAGAGGUUGAGACCCCAUUCACCUGAUAAAGAUGAAGACUCCGAUGCAGAUAUUCCCGUGAUUCCGGAUCUAGAGGAACAACAGGACGAAGACAUGACAACAAAGAUUGCCAUGGCACCAAAUGUGGCGGUCAAUAGAGUGGCUACUUACCGGGAACUUGACCAUGACCUUCAAAAACAGGCCGCCUUCCUAACACUGGACAAUGAGAUUGACCUUAAGUUACUGACCAAGUCAUUGUCAGCUGAUGCUGAUUUAUUUGAAGAGGACAGGCCUUGGGAUUGGGAUCGGUUGUUUACGGAGGUGACAUCAGAACUGUUUACACAGACCGAGCAGACUGAGGAAAACGACUUCGGGGAUCAAGUUCUACCCUAGCACCGCUCACAACAGACUUGUCCCUGGGCAUCUACAAUUCAUAGGGCAGUGUUUAAAGAUCUAAGUACAUUCCACUUUGUCAGUGAUUUUUUAAAGAAUUAUGUUGUUUGCCUUUACAACAAUUUAAUUAAUUGAACUUGGCACCAUCCUAGGGAACAGCAUUUCAUGUACUGAUGUAAACUUAAGUGUACCUGCAUUUGUUGUGAUAUGUAAUUGAAUAUUUAAGAUUUUACAGCAUCCGUCCAUAGAAUAAAUUUUUAAAAUACUACUA